AUGCCCGAAAUGAGUCUUAUCAAACAGCCGCCGAAGCUAUCGAAGUAUCCUUUCCUAUCUCUUGGAGCUACUGGAUUAGUAUACAAAAUUGACGAGGAGAUCGUUCUGAAGAUACCCCGAGAAACUGGGAGUGAUGCAUUCUUACGGGAGAUUGAGAUGUUUGACCUCUUCGAGAAGUUCAGUCCAUGCCCUAUGAUUGUCCAGAGCUUUCUGCGUGUUCCAGAAGCCAAUUUCCUCGCUUUUCUCAGUGGUGGCACGUUGGACCAGCGGUUUCGAGCAAACCAGGUCCGCGUUGGCCAUAGUUACUGCGGCCGCGUCGAGACGGUCGUAAAGCAAGAGCCUAUUGAGCUGGUUGAGCGAUGGAGUAUGGAGCUUUCUUGUGCUACUGCUUGGUUGGAGAAUCUUGGGUACGUCCAUGGUGAUAUUCGGCCGCCGAACCUACUUCUCGACGGAGAUGAUCGGUUAAAACUUAUCGAUUUCGAUUGCGCUGCGAAGAUAGGCAGUCCUUCAGAUGGCUCCGCUCCCCCUUGGGCGCGGGUACUUGGUGUAGAGGCCGGGGAAGAUGCAGGCUCAUUUGGCUUAUAUGGAGCCCGAACCGAGCAAUUUGCCAUCGGAUCUGUUAUAUAUCUCAUGACCCGUGGUUACGAACCGUACGAGAACGAAGAUCCAGGUCUUGACAUUGUUGACCUCUUCCGCCGCAUGGAAUUUCCGCCAUUAGGCAACGAUCCCCUUGACAGGAUUAUUGACCGGUGUUGGAAAGGGCAAUUUGAAUUUUUGAAGGACCUGGCUGAGGAAGCUAGAACGCUGGGCGGUGAUACAUAUAGGCAUCCUACGUUCUUGUUGCCGCCAGCAGUGCAGCAUCGAUUGCAAAUCCAGGAAAAGUGCCAAACGCUGGUCAACCAAGGGCUUUUGGAGUGGGAGGUCUGA